GCUUCGUGGGACGUCUUUGUACACUAAAUUUAUAGUGGUUGAUCCGUGUCUUGAAUCCUUGCUCAUUUUACCUUAAACUACAUUCCUCAUCGACGUCCAGCAAAAUGGCUAGCGAAAAGAAGGAUAAGCUUGAGGCGCAGAUCAAGUCCGUCGAUAUGACGGAGGAUAUGCAGCAGGAGGCUGUUGAAGUUGCAAUUGAGGCAAUGGACAAAUACCACAUCGAGAAGGAUAUUGCUCAAUACAUCAAGCGAGAGUUCGAUUCGCGCAAGGGUGCGACAUGGCACUGUGUCGUCGGGAGGAACUUUGGCAGCUUCGUCACGCAUGAGACGAAACACUUCAUCUACUUCUACCUCGGGCACUGCGCCAUUCUCCUUUUCAAGACCCAAUGAACAUACGACCGCAGACACCGGUCUGAAUCGCCCAAGCGAUGUCUAUAACCUUUUCGGAUAAUUCAAGCAGAAGUAACGUGCAAUGAAAGGUCCCAUGCAAGCGCUGGAAGGAAAUGCAGCCAUAUGGUCCCGAACAAAAUGCUGCGGGGUUUGCCUAGAGGGCACAACGCGGCGGUGAUUCUUCCGCGCAUCUACCUGCUACUUGAUUCCAAUUCUUUGUUAAUCAUUUCAAAAUAUCCUGCUAGUGAAUACAAGUUGAUCCAAUCGG